AUGGCCUCAGCAUUCUCGAUGGUCCGGUCAAUAUUCGCUGCGAUGGCCUGCGCCCUCACCUGCGACACAGCCGAAUCAUACACGGGUCAUCUCUCCAUACGCGUCCUUGCUGAACGGGAACACCCGAGCGUGGCCGAACCUGGGCGGGGUGGGUGGAGCCUCGAUCGAGAAGACGGGCGGCGGCAGGGGCAAGGGCAUGGCGGCCGCCGUGGCGGGCUCCGGCUCAGGGAACUGAGGGGCCUGGCCUAUGACGCGGAGGACGUGGUCAGCGACCGCGAGUACGAGGCCGUGCGCCGCAGAGCAGAGGCCCUCGACGCAGUGGGGCGGGCAGGCAGCGACGGCGGCCACCGCCUCAAGCGCGUCCGACGGGAGGUAAUUGAUGACUACUUCAGUGAUAUUGAUAUGGUGCCUGCUAAACAUGAUUUAGCUCCUGCUGUACGUGAUUUAGCUGCAAGAGCAAGGAAAAUUAGAGUGAGACUCGAUGAGAUAAUCAAAGAGCAUGAAGAUCUUUGCAUGACUGAUAAUGAUGAAGAACAACAGAUUGAUCUUGCUACACAAAGGUCGCAACGUUAUACUAGUUCUAUUGUACAUGAGCCAAGUAUACAUGGAAGAGAGGUAGAUAAAAAUAAUAUUAUCAAAAUGCUGUUGUCAGAAGUGAGGCCUAUGUCUGUUCUAGCCAUUGUUGGCAUGGGAGGACUUGGUAAGACAACACUAGCUCAACUGGUGUUUAAUGAUCAAAGGAAGCAGAAGUGUGGAGCAUUGGAGUUGAAUGAUCUUCAGGAAGCUUUGAUAGAGCAAAUAGAGAGAAAGAAACUUCUAAUCGUAUUAGAUGACGUAUGGAAUGAGUACAGAGCCCCUUGGGAUUCUCUUUGUGCCCCAAUGAUGACUACAGAAUUCUGUAGGAUUAUUGUUACUACUCGCAGCAAGACUGUUGCAAGCCUUGUACAAACAAUGCCUUCUUACUCCUUGAAUUGCUUGACUUCUGCUGCUAGUUGGUCCUUAUUUGAACAAAUCACAUUCGAAGGUCAAGAUCCUGCUGCUUAUGCAAAUUUCAUACAGAUCGGUGAGGAGAUUGUGAAGAAGUGCAAAGGUUUGCCACUUGCAAUCAAGACCCUGGAAAGCAUGUUGCGUUAUGAAACUGACGAGGAGAGAUGGAAUUAUGUCUUGGAGAGUGAUCUGUGGGACUUGGAUCCACAACAGAAUGACAUUGUCCCAGCACUGGAACUGAGCUACAGACACAUGCCAGUUUACCUGAAAAAGUGUUUUAUGGCCCUAUCAUUGUUUCCUAAAGAUUAUCAUUUUUCCCAAGAUAAGUUAAUUUUCCUAUGGAAGUCACUAGGUCUUCUUCAUACUGAUGAUGUAUGGGAUAAGGACAGAACCGGAAAGUUAUAUCUUUCUGAUUUACUUAAACGGUCUAUUAUUCAAUGUAAUGAACAUGCAUACACCAUGCAUGAUCUUAUCCAUGAGCUUGCAUGCUGUGUAGCAGGUGAAGAGUUUCUUAGACUUGAGAAUGAUAUACCAGCCCAAAUAUCAAAGGAUGUUCGGAAUAUAUCCAUAUUCUUACCAUGGACAUGUGUGACUUCAAAAUUAGAACAUUUUCAUGGGUCUAGUGCUCUAAGGGCUGUCAUACUGAGUUCAAUGGAGGGGCUUGGUGGUCCAAUUGAAAUAUCUGAUGAGCUAUUUGUUUACUCCAAGCAGUUACGUACUAUUGUUUUGGAUGGGGUUUCACUUGCAAGACCAUCAUUACAUGAUUCAGUGGGCAACUUGAAGCAUCUACAUCAUCUGGUUCUUCGAGACAUAGGAGGAUUGAAGCUUCCUAUCUCCAUAUGCCAGCUCUUUAACCUGCAGACCUUAGAUGUGACAACUUCUGGUAACUUUAAACCAGCAUGCAUUCCAAAUGGAAUUGGACGCCUAAUUAAUCUGCACACGCUGCCUGUUAUCACUGUUAAAAGAGGCGCUUGGCAUUGUAAUAUGAGGGACCUGAAGGACUUGCAAAAUCUUAGUGGGAAGCUAUGCUUAAAAGGAUUAGAUAAUGUGACCAUUGUUGAUGAGGCAGAAGAAGCAAAUUUGUGCAGUAAACAACAUAUCCGAGCUUUAAAUUUUAUAUUUCCUGAUGGAGAUUGGCAAUACUGCAAACAUGGCCAGGAGCCUGCACCAACUACAGCUUCUCAUGAGGAAAUUCUAGAGAACUUGCAACCACAUAGUAACCUCACUGAACUUUCUAUAGAAGUUUGCAGAUCAUGUAGAUAUCCUAGUUGGUUAGGUGACACUUCCUUUUCAAAGGUAACAGUGAUAAGAUUGGAAUAUUGUCAAUUUGAAUGCAUGCCACCACUUGGUCAGUUGUUGGCCUUGCAGUAUCUUACAAUUGCUGAGAUGUCGAGAAUAAAAAGCAUUGGACCAGAGUUUUGCAGACUCAAUCCAAAGACAACAGGAUUUAAAUCACUGGUGACCCUGGAAUUUGACAGUAUGCCUAGAUGGUUACAGUGGUCCGGAGUGGGUGAUGGUUCAUUUACCUGCUUACGCACUCUUAGCAUUCAGCAUGCCUCUGAACUGAGAUCCCUGCCAUGUGCACUUUCUUUAUCCUUGGCCCAAUUGAAACUGCGGGAUUGCAAAAAUCUGGUCAGAAUUCCUCAUCUCCCUUUGCUCUUUAAACUGGAUUUACGUCAGUGUGAUAGUUUAACUGAACUCCCUGCGUUCCCGAUGCUUCAAAGACUGGACAUAGGUCAGUGUUCCAGCAUGGCUCGACUUCCUGACCUCCCACUACUUAAGGUUCUGAUUCUACAAGAUUGUCCAAACCUGACUACUGUUGUUCACCUCCCAUCACUUACUAGCAUCCAUGUCAAAGGAGGAUUCAGAAAUGAGCUGUUGUACCAUUUCACAAACUGCCACCCAUCUUUGGAGAAUAUAUUGAUUGUUUCCGAUUCCAUUGAGCGCCUUUCCGUGGAGCCCCAAAAUCUUCCAUCGCUAGUAUCAUUAAAGUUGAGCUGUCCUAAUCUACAAUUCUGUGAUGGACUUGCUGGACUCACAUAUCUAAAGGAACUUAAGGUAUAUGGUUGUCCAAAGCUCAGUGUUCCUAAUCUGCAUCCGAGCCAACUCUGA